AUGUCCCUCCUCCUUCAACCCCUUGUUGCUGCAGGUGAAGAUGGCGUUGAAAUGGUGUGCGCUGAUUCGUUGAUCCAUCGAGUGUAUCCAAUCCUUGCCGCGUAUGUAGUGGACUUUCCAGAGCAGUGUCUGGUUGCAUGUUGCAAGGAAAACCGCUGUCCGAAAUGUGUAAUUGCGGCGGAUGAAAGAGGCGAUCCACUGGAUUCGCCAAUGCAGGAUCCUGCAGUGAUAAAGGGGAUAUUAGAGAAGCGAAAGACUGGUCACCAUCCUGCUGAAUUUGAGGAAUUUGGACUACGCACCGCCUAUGCUUCGUUUUGGGCUAAUCUCCCCCACUCUAACAUCUUCCUGGCCUUUACACCCGACCUCCUACACCAACUCCACAAAGGCAUCUUUAAGGACCAUUUAGUUAAGUGGUGCCUUGAUAUUGUCGGCGAAGAAGAAAUGGACGCACGGUUCAAAGUGAUGCCUGAUUAUCCCAGUCUUCGGCAUUUCAAGAAGGAAGUAUCUACGGUAAAGCAGUGGACGGGGACAGAACACAAAGAGAUGCAGUGUGUAUUUGUUGGGCUACUUGCUGGCGCUGUCCCUAGCCAAGUGUUAGUAGUUGCGCGAGCAAUUCUAGAUUUUUCGUACUAUGCUCAGCUUCGAGUUCACUCAACUGAAUCCCUCAAUGGCCUGGAAAGCGCUCUGGCGAUAUUUCACGCCAACAAGGACGUCCUGCAGCAACUCGAUAUUCGUGAGCAUUUUAAUAUUCCCAAAUUAUAUCAGCUCUCUCACUAUGUUCAGUCUAUCCUAUUGUUUGGCGCUACAGACAGCUUUAACAGCGAACUUCCUGAACGAUUGCACAUCAACUUUGCCAAAGAAGUGUAUCACGCCAGUAACAAGCGUGACUAUGAAGAACAAAUGGCCUUAUGGCUCCAGCGCCAGGAGGCAGUCUUCCUGCGUGGUUUCUACCUCAACUGGCUGUUGGAACAGUCUCAGUCGGCACCAACCAAUUUCACUCGUGACCGUGGAUAUGACUCGGACUCGGACUCAGAGAUGGAAGGGCCAGACACUGUCCCUGUCAAUACACUUCCCAUCCUCCCUGAGCAACGAACAGUCUACUUUCUCGCUAAGACGCCUGCAUACCCUCAGUGUUUGGUUCAGCACCUCGUCACUGCACAUGCCCUUAAGUUGUUUCUGCGCAACCACAUGCCACACACUAUCAUUACCCCUGGUCUGCAAGACCAUUUUUGUUACAAGAACAUCUAG